ACGAGAGAGAGAGAGCCGGGAGGGGACGGGAGGGGACGGGCGCGGCGAGGCCUGUGCGGGUGUAAGGCACGAUCUUACUAAACGUUCCAAGUGCAGGAACCAGACCUGAACCCGCUUGCUGCCUGAUCUAGCGAACUGUAAGGAGUGAUGGCCUUGAACAACUACAUCUUCUGCAAAUGGCAGGGACGUCUCUGGCCUGCGAAAGUUGUGAUUAAGUCUGGCAUUUCUCCCAAAAUUGCAUCAGAAACCAAUCCAGAUAGUGUCGAUGUCCAGCUAAUCUGCUUGAAAAAAAAACUGCGAAUUAAGCACACAGACACAAAACCAUUUGAGAAGAAACAAGCAGAACAAAUCAGCAAGGGAUUGCAACAUAACAUAGAAUCUACUCACGAGGAAGCUCUGGAGGAGCUGACUUACAGGAAGGCACUUCGGAUCGCAAUAGACCUUUUAGAAAGCCAAGGCUCCGGUGGGGCCCCCAACACAAAUGGGAUCAGCGUACCCAGAGAGAAUGGGAGGCAAUCGCCACAGGGGCGAGCAAGAAGACAAUGCCGCUCACAAGCACCUUGUAGCAAAAGAACUCCUGAACCGAGACGACGGAAAAGCACUGAUUCACGAGGCUUGUCCAGGACUGUGAAGGAACCAAAAGCGUACCUAAAAAAGGAGGAGGGUGGUUUACGGAAAAGUAGCCAGGUAACGCAGAAUAACAAUCCGAGUUUCUCCCAGACGGAUACUUCCUCGCCUUAUCCAAGCUUGAGGUCGAGGCAGUUGGCUGCUGACAAUCCAAAGUGUAAGGAUAAAGAAAUGAGGACGCCAUGGGUUGGGCGAAAAUCUUCAGUCAAAGGGCGUAAUUCUGUUAGGCAAACAGCAGAGAAAGAUCAAAAUCAAAAGUCUAAACGUGAUAGGUGUAAGUAUAAGGUUGCUAACAAGUCUGCCAGCACCGAUUGCUCUGCCCGAGCUGACUGUAACCAGCAGCAGUUAGACUUUGCCGAUAAUUUAGAAUCAACUCCAAAACGAAGGACUGCCUCUACCUUUCGCUCCUUUGGCCUUUCACAGACUCUGAACGAGGCCGACAGCAAUCAGACAGAAACAAAACGUCUCUUGGGCCAAAGUGAACGGCGAGGCAGGAAAAAACUGAAAAAGAGCCCAGAGCACGUCGAGUGUCUUACCACCAGUACUGCCGCUGCCAAGCUAGACAAUCCACUGGAACCUCUGCAAAAUGAGAGGACCCAGCAGCAGUUUACGGAUUUGGCGAUUGAAUUGCCUGAAAAUGGACCAAUGGACCCCCCUAAUGUACAUAACCAAACUUCGAGUUCAGGUAGUUCUCUCCCCUACUUCCCUUACAAUGAUAACAAGCAGCAAGAUUUGCCACUGUCAGGCACUGGUGAGGAGGAGAGAGGCUUGGAGUUACUGACAUCACCCGUCACAAAGCCUGCAAUGCCUCUGAGGCAGCCUUGGGACAACUUGGAGUUCACUUCAGAAGACACUUUUUCAAAUGAAUCUAAAGAAGAAAAUGGAGCAGCGGCAGAGGAAGAGGAGGAGGAUGAAGAAGAAGAACUUCCCAGCAUCCUCCAGCAGAAAAAACGUUGGGUCGUCGCAGAAGGCUUGCUGGUCUGGUGUAAAUUCAACAAGUACCCAUAUUGGCCCGCAGUGGUAAGAAGCGUGAAGCGCAAGUAUAAGAAAGCCAGCAUAUUGUUUGUAGAUGAAAAUGUACUGGAUGCGAAGGAGAAGAGUAGAAGAGGCAUCUGCGUGUCUGUUAGGACAUUGAAACCAUUUGAUUGUGAAGAGCGGCAACAGUUAAUGACAGCAGCGCGGAAGACUUACAACAAUGCAAUCGAUUGGUGUGUUGGUCUAAUUGAUGACUAUCGAAUCAGGAGGGGCUGCCACUCCUUCACCGGCUCCUUUGUUGAGUAUUGUGCAGCUGAGCUGAGUAUUCCUGUGCGCAGGACGAGUUCACAGGACCCCAUGACGUUUCCUUGCACCUCAAUUGAGGAAGAGACAGAGCUGGAGUCUCAGACCGAAACAACCCCAAGCAGGCAGCAGCGAGUUAAAAAACUGCUGCCCGACCGAAGAAAAGCCGCCAGAGAUCGAGCUAAUGAGAGACUGGUCCACUUUAUUGUCCAGGCCAAAGGCGUGGAGAAGCAUCUUCAGGCUGUCAUUAAGGGACAACAAUAUUCCCACUGGUUGGAUGAGUACAAAUCCCGCAGGCAAAAUUCAGGCUACAUAGACACUUACCUGGAGGACGACCGGCAGGUGGACAAGGUGGUGACUUACCUGCAAAGCGUAUGUGACAGAGUGAGCCUGAACACACAGCUGCGGGAGGACUGUGAGGAGUCGAGGUUCAUCUUGGACGUUCUGCUGCCAGAGGCCAUCAUCCAUGCAAUUGCAGAGGUUGAUCGGAUGAGCAUCAAACAAGCAGAAGAGAAGUACCUGAAAGGUCCUCUACACAGCGGAAGGGAAGUCGAACAUUUUAACGAAGAGGUCGAGCAACAGAUGAAAAUGAAAGUGCAGUUGAAAAAACCAUCCACUGGCUGAAGCAACAGAGGCCUGCAGAAUCAAUCAAUAUACAUCCAGUUCAUAUUUAUUAUGCAGCGAGUAAUGUCACUUUUGGUAACCUGAGCUCCAUAACUUUUUGUGAAUUGUUGCAAUUGAAGUAGAUCAAUUAGAUAGUUAAUGCAGCCUGACUGAAGCCUGUUAAGAGUGCGGAUGUUGCUAAUGAGAUGACUUUUGAGGGCACAAGAUUCAUUCGGACUCUACACUCUCAUGAACAUGGGAGAGAUCGAUGACCUAAUUGUCAUGAGCUGCUUUUUUUCUCCCCGCCCCACCCCCUCAGAUGUACAUUUCUGGGUUUGUUCCAAGUGGGUCACCGAUUUUGUGCUUCCACGAUAAUAUUUUCUCAAACAAGAGAAUAUUGGUUUGUGCUACACUGAUAGCGACCAAAAGAAUGGCAAAUGUAGAGACACUGUCCUUAGUCUAGGUGUAGGCUGAGUGUUGAUCAAACUAGAAGACAACUUUAUUAUAUCUUAGAGCUUAUAAUAAUACUUGCAUUUGAUUAAGCGACAUCA